AUGGCGGCCACCACCCUACCCAAAGAAAUCUCUAAACUCGGCUCAGAGGUCAAACUUUUUGGAAAGUGGGAUGCUCAAGAUGUCGAAGUGAAAGAUAUCUCCCUGACGGAUUACAUCCAAGUCCGCCAUGCCGUCUACCUUCCCCAUACUGCUGGCCGAUAUGCCAAAAAGCAAUUCAAGAAGGCUCAGAUGCCCAUUGUUGAGCGAUUGGUGGACAGUUUGAUGAUGAAUGGUCGCAACAAUGGCAAAAAAGUCAUGGCCGUCCGAAUUGUCGCUCAUGCAUUUGAGAUCAUCCACCUUCUUACAGACCAGAACCCCAUCCAGGUUCUCGUCGAUGCUAUUGUGAACACUGGUCCUCGUGAAGACUCAACUCGUAUCGGUUCGCAGGGCACCGUUCGUCGUCAGGCUGUUGACGUUUCCCCUCUCCGACGGGUGAACCAAGCUAUCUCGCUUCUUACUAUUGGCACGCGUGAAUCUGCUUUCCGCAAUGUCAAGUCUAUUGCGGAGUGCUUGGCUGAUGAGCUUAUCAAUGCGGCCAAGGGUUCCUCAAACUCAUAUGCCAUCAAGAAAAAGGACGAGCUUGAGCGUGUUGCCAAAUCCAAUCGGUGA